AAGUUCACAACAGUGUGGUUCGCCAGAAACGAAACUUACGUGUGCUCCCGUGGGGCUGUUACAUUGUUAUUAAAGCAGGCUUCGAAUCAGUGCAUCAUACCGCGAUGACGCAGUGGGAUCGACUGGGGCAGCUGCCACUGGUGUACAGACAGCAGCUGCAUGAGCUGUAUGACAGAGAUGCGUUACCUGUAGCAGUUCGUCACUACCUCUCAGCCUGGAUAGAAAAGCAGGAGUGGGAACGAGCAGCACGUGACUAUAACUAUGCUGUAGUGCUGUUUCAGGUGUUGUUGGAGAAUCUGGAUAACCAACACAGUCGCUUUGUCCAUGAUCAUUCAUUCUUACUGCAGCACAACGUUAGACGUGACAAACAGUACUUCUGCAAAAUGUUUCAGGAUGAUCCGUGUGACUUGGCAAAAAACAUGAUGUGGUACUUAGAAAAGGAAAAGGAAAUCCUCUGCAGUGCUGAUCUAGCUGAGCAGGUUCAGCAUCUGCGUAUGGAACAGGAGGCCAUGGAGAUAAACAGCCAGCAGGAGAUUGGCCGUAAAAUGGCUGGAAUCAUGAAUGAAGUGCAGUGCAUGGACCGCACUUUGGUAUGUUUGGAGGAACAGCAAGAUGAAUUUGAUUUUAAAUACAAAACUCACCAAAUGGAAGUUGUGGUUGAUGAGGCUGCAAAGGCCAAACAAAUGCAAGAUUUUCAGAUCCGUAUCAACAGCAUUAAUGAGAGUAGAAAGGUGACGCUGUCAAACUUGAGCAAACUAUUAGACAAGGUGGAGGAGCUGCACGAUGUGUUGAUAAAGAAAGAGCUGGUGGAGUGGCAGAGGAGGCAGCAGAAGGCCUGUAUUGGGGCACCAGACAGUGUUUGUCUGGAUCAGCUAGAAAAAUGGUUCACCUGUGUGGCAGGGAGUCUUUUUCAUGUGCGUGAGUUUCUGAGUAAGCUGGAGGAGCUAAUGGGGAAGCUGAGCUAUCAGAAUGACCCUGUGAAGGCUCAGAAACCAGCGCUGCAGAAGAGAGCAGAUACUCUUCUUACAGAAUUACUCAAGAGUUCUUUUGUGGUUGAGUCUCAGCCAUCUAUGCCUCAGGGGAAAGGCCCACUGGUCCUCCGUACCAAUGUCCAGUUCUGUGUCAAGACCAGACUUCUUGUUAAGUUUCCUGAGCUGAACCACUCCAUGAAGGUGGAUGUGUCUAUGGGCAAGGAGGUACCUCAGAUCAAAGGAUACCGGCAUUUUAAUAUCCUGGGGACCCUACGUAAGGACUUGAACAUGGCAGAGAGCCACAGUGGAGGGAUGGUAGCAGAUUUUAGACAUCUGACACUGAAGGAGCGGAAGUCUGGAGGUGGUGGCAAAGGAAUCAGUGACAUUUCUCUCAGUGUUACAGAGGAACUGCACAUCAUCUACUUUAAUACUGUGUUUGAGCUGAAAGGUUUAUCAGUUCAGUUGCAGGCAUCUUCUCUCCCUGUGGUCAUUAUCUCCAACUCCAGCCAGCAGCAGAGUGCCUGGGCCUCUGUACUCUGGUUCAACAUGCUCAGCCAGGACACCAAGGACAUAAUGUUCUUUGCAAACUCUCCUGUGGCUACUUGGGCACAGUUUGGAGAGAUGUUGAGCUGGCAGUUCCUCUCUACCACCACACGGGGUCUGGACCAGAAUCAGCUUGACAUGAUUGCACAAAAACUGUUUGGAAAACAGCAAGAUUAUGACAACUGGAGUGUUGCCUGGUCAAAAUUUAGUAAGGAAAACUCUCGUUGCACUUUCUGGGUCUGGUUUGAUGCCAUCUUGCUGUUGGUAAAAACGUACCUAGAGUAUAUUUGGAGGGAUGGCCUCAUUAUAGGUUUUGUGAGCAAGGGCAAAGAGAAGUCGCUGCUGAAGAGGAAACAGAGAGGCACAUUCUUACUACGCUUCAGUGAAAGCGUGAUUGGCGGCAUCACCUUCUCCUGGGUCGAUUUCACCUCAGCUGGUGAGCCUGAUAUUAAGACUGUUCAGCCUUUCACCAAAGAUGAUCUUUGCCAGAUCCCCUUCCAUGAAAUCAUCAGGAAUUUCCAAAUUUUAGAAGCAGAUAAUAUCCCAGAAAACCCUCUAACUUUCCUAUAUCCUAACAUUCCCCGAGACAAGGCUUUUGGAAAAUACUACGCUGAGAAAAGUGGAGAUGACAGCCCUUACAUCAAGUACAUCAAAACCAAGCUGAUGUUCGUUUCACUUGAGAACACACUGGAAGCUAGGUCACCCAUGUCUUCUGACAUGGCUAAAGGUGAAGUUCUGGAGUCAGUUGGCCUGUGUGGAGAGGCAGCUGGUCAAAACGAAGAUACUCUUCUUCUGGAGUCAACUGAGGUGGCCUGGCCUGACCCCAUGCUGUCUGGCUCCACUGAGUCUCCAGACGAGGACUUACUGCUGUAUCUUAACAAUCCCAACAUGUUUGUUGGCUCCAGUCUAUUCUCUGAUGAGCAGGAUGCGCCAGAUUAUAAUCUUCAAGAAGUGACUCCUCUGUUCCCACAGCCAUGUGGAAGCAUGUUCCAAUAAACAGUUUGUUUAUA